AUGGAAACAAUAUUUGGUGUACACCAUGAUACUGCUAGUUUAAGAGAAAAAAAUCGCAAGAAGCUCAAUAAAAAUGAUAGUCAAGAGCAGCUUGGUUUAACGAAUAAGAAUAGUGUAGAAGACACUAUUCAGAAGACGACACAAACAAAACAAGAGCCUUCAAAAUCUUUUGAAAAACUUGGGUCUAUUCAUUCAAUUUUUAGAGAGAGAUUUUCUAAAUCACCGAUCGUUUCUCCUCACGUAACUCCACCAGGCUCUCGUCCUUCCACUCCGUUGUCAUUUGAUGUGCAACAAAAUGGCGAUAACUUUUUUGAUCAUAUUAAUUCUAGUUCUCAAACUCAAACGCAAGCGCCGCCUUUUCACCACGAUGCUACAUUCAUUCAGAAUGUAAAAAAAUUCCCUUGUAUAGGAGUUAUUGAAGGUGAUAUUAUCAACCGUCCUUCUUCUCCUUGGAGUUUACAAGCAAAAAGUGGGAAUGAAUUUGGGAAUGGAACUGAAAAGAAUUUAUUUAAGAAGAACUAA